AUGGCGCAUCUUCUACUAAGAACACAGCUUAUCCAAUCAUUGAUUUGUUUCAUACUUUUUGUCAGUACUUCAUCCCAAGCUUCAGCUCCAACCCUCACCUCGGCACCAAAUUUUGUGUUUCAGCGACAAGAGAGCGAGGGGCCAAACUUUUUGGGAUACCAAACUCUCAAGGACGGCCGUUAUGACACGGAAACAUGCGACGGUAGCUCAACAUACUUCACUUCGAGCCGCUGGGCAGCCUGCGUCACCGAUGAUGCAAACCUCUAUACAGGCUGUACCAAUGGCUCUGUCGUCUUGGUUCCCACGGGCAACGGCACAUGUGGGCCGUCCAAGACUUGCGGUUCAGGAUUGAUCUACAACAACCCGACCGAUGCGACCGCGCUGUCCUAUGUCGGAUGUUUUAGUAAUUCCUUGAGGCCGACCUACUACAGACAGAAGAGAACAUCUUCAACUACAAUCACGACGACGCUGGCGACUACCAUAACUUCAAGCGCAUCGUCCGAAGCUAGGGCCGGUCCGAUAAGCACAAGCACGAGCACGAGUUCAACAACAUCGCCCAGCCCGACCGAGACACCUGCUCCUCAGAACCUUGCUUGGGUUGCCGGGCCAGUGGUCGGUGGGAUUGCUGGCCUCGCCAUCAUUGCUCUCCUUGUUUGGAUCGUGCUGCUGUUGCGGAAGAAGCAAUCACAUGGACCAACCCCCGAGAAUCAAUUUGCCCAACCCGAUUAUGCCGCCAAGCCGCCAUAUCAAGCCCAGAUGUACCCAUCACCUGUGCCAGAACAGCCUCCGAGGGUUAUGUCAAUGGGCCCGUCGCAGUAUCCUAGCGCACCCACAUAUGAAUUAGAGCCUGUUACCUAUCAUGGGCCUAGACCUGGGGCAUAA